AUGGCAGGCUCAGGGUCUAGCUGCGGAAGAAACAUUUCUUCGUCGAGGAGGAGACUAUCGCGCCGGCCGAUCCCCAAGCGAGGGCAAGUGAAGGUGGCGAUAGUGACGGGUCUCGCUCACUCCCUCGCUUCCAUUUUCUCCUUCGGCCGCCGGGUAGGAGUCGGAUCCGUCGCUGUUGGUUCUCCGUUGUCUUGA